CAUUAAAGUAAGAAAAAAAAAAAAAAAGUGUGGUGAACCCUGAAUGGAUUAUGAAGGCACAAGUAGAAGGCAAGGAAGGAGGAACUCAUCAACCGAAAAGUUACUGGCCAUAAGCUUAGGUCUCCUCUGUACCAUUUCACCGCUAUUUAUUGAUCAAAAACCACAAACCGCCGAGGAAUUGGAGCUUGAAGAACAAGCGUUUCUUAGCAUAUCCACUUAUUUGGUUCUGGUUGUGUUAGCUUUGAUCAUCGUUGCAGCUUUUUCUUGUUAUUUGGAUCAUAGCCUUACAAGGUUUGAUCCGUAUUGGAUAUACCGAGUUGGAGGGUCUUCUGGUGGAAUUAUUGCCAUUUUGCUAGUCCUUACUCUUGUUUUGAAGUGUAAGGCUUUUUAGACUUCGGAUGAUGAGAAAUCAGAAAUAUGUCAUGUAUCUAAGUUGAUGGUAUUUAUGUUGCUGAUAUAGAAGAUCAGCGGUUGGUUUUAUAUCAUUGGUAGUAUAUAUAUAUCUAAAUACUUGCAGAAUUAAUAGUAGUGCAUAUAAUUGUAAUAUUGUAUGUUAUGCAAAUCUUUUGGAAGUAUGACGCUAUUUCUUA